UUCCCCUUCGACAAUUUUAUAACGGUGUCUCCUCCUCCACUAUUCUUCCCCAAACGCCAUGAACCCAGCUUCCAUUCCGUAGGCCCUAAGACGAUGCCAAAGAUUCUUCCCUUUUCCUCCGUCAAUUGGUAUAUGUUAGUGCGGCCAAAUUCCAUUUUCCGCCAUGGAUCCAGUUUGUCCUUCUUCAUUCCUCCGCGCCCACCGUUUGAAAGAGCCCAGAUUCCUCCGCAGGCGGCCGUCUUCCGAACACCGCCAUCGUUUCAAUCGGUCCCCUGUGGACUUCUUUGUAUUCCCGCAGGUAUACAAUUAAUCUGUUGGAUGAGGAAACCGCGAGCAAUGUCAAUUUCGUCCUACUAAAUGAUGCAGACUGCAAAUUCUAGGGUACCACUACCACACCACCUAGAAGAGUCUCUGAACUCAUUGGAGAUAUCAAGAAAUUCAAUGUCAAAGUCAGUAACUUCAACAUAGACAAGAAUUCCAUCACUAAACUGAUGGAAUGUGAUUUCAAAACCGACGAAGGAAACCACUAAAACACAACCAAGCAUAACUUUGGAACUGAGGUUCCUGACUAUGUCAAAGCAAGCAGCAGCACCAGCCAACGACAACAUCAAAAUAAUUAAACAAGAGCCAGGACUAGCAAUGGAGAACCAAAGCAAAAAAAAACAGCCGAGGCUUUGGUGAUAUCAGAUUCUGAGCAACAACACAAACCAAGAACACCACCAAGGACCAAAUGUCACCACCUAUAGACUACUACUAUGAUGGUUAUGUCUUCGGUGCACUCACUUUUUUGGGUGCAUUUAAUGCACCCGUCUUAUAAUCGUCAUUUUGAGC